CUGAUAGACGGCACUGACUGGCAUCACUGCUGGGCACUGACUGGCGGCACUGACUGGCACAACCGCUGGGCACUGACUGGUGGCACUGACUGGCAGCACUGCUGGGCUGCACUGGUGGGUGGCACUGGUGGGCAGCACUGGUGGGUGGGCACAGGUGGGUGGCACUGGUGGGCACAGGUGGGCGGAACUUGCGGGUGGCACUGCUGGGCGAUCAUCAGGGCACUGAUCAUCAGUGCCCUGAUGAUCGUUGCCGAUCCUCGCUCUGACAACUGCCGGUUCUCGGCAGUACUUUCCUCACGAUCUGACAGCGUGAGGAAAGUGCAGCCGAGAACCGGCACUUGC